UGGAAUAUCCAGUAAAUUCAAGAUCAACCCGACUGAAUGCAGGGUCGAGCGUGAAGGAGAGUCAGGAGUGUGUAUGUUCAAUUACGAAUGCUUUAAAAGUAAAGGAACUGUGCUCGGUACAUGUAUUGAUGGAUUCCUGUUCGGAGCCUGCUGUCGUCUUCCAUCAAGUAAAACCAACCUUGUGGACAACUUUGUCGUGAGUAGUUCUAAACCAGAGAUAGAUACAACCACGCAGGAGUCUGUGUACGCUAGUCAAGAGAGUGAUUUAAUUAGUAUUUUUAUAGAAAAACUAAAAAGUCCUGAAUCCACCUCUCUUCCAUCGAUAAUACUCGCAAAUGGUUCAAUUAUACCCUUACAAUCAAUACAACCCCAGAUUACAACCUUAUCCAACUCCCUCUCAACCUGGCAACAUUUAGAUCAACUAAAUAGCAUUCAAGAGGAACAAUCUGUUGAAUCCACUACGAAUCCUCCAGCUACUCUUGAUCCCUUCCAAUGGAUUGAUAAAUGGACAACAACAACAACAACAACUACAACCACCACAACAACAACUACCACAACAACCAUCACCACAACCCAAUCAUGGGAUUAUACAAAAGAUUGCGGAGUUCGACCUUUGCGAGGUCAAGGUCGAAUUGUUGGAGGCGAGAAAUCUAACUUUGGAGAUUGGCCCUGGCAGGUGCUAGUCAAAGAGAGAUCUUUCUUGGGUUUAUUCUUGAAAAAUAAAUGUGGAGGCGUUCUCAUCUCAGAUAGACAUGUACUCACUGCAGCACAUUGUCAACCAGGUUUACUAGCUUCCCUUCUGGUAGAACUAGGAGAAUACGAUAUAUCCGGACCCACCGAAUCCAUGUCAACGAGAGAAAAAGGGGUGAAGCGGGUUGUGAUCCACAAAGACUACAAGGCGCCAACCUUUGAGAAUGAUAUCGCUAUCCUAGAGCUGGAGGAACCAAUAGAGCGGCAGCCCCACGUGGUUCCGAUCUGUAUGCCGCGUAUAGAUGCUGGGGAUUUCCUCGAUAAUAUGGGGAUCGUCACUGGUUGGGGUCGUCUUGAAUACGGUGGCGGAGUACCCAAUAUUCUUCACCAAGUGAGUGUCCCGGUCAUCACAAAUGAUUUAUGCCAAGNCCCAUUUCAUACUUAUGGAAGAGAAUCCUUUCUGUGUGCGGGGUAUGCUGAAGGGAAAAAAGACUCCUGUGAGGGAGACAGUGGCGGACCCUUGAUGUGGCAGGCAGAGGAUGGAAGAUGGAUUCUAAUGGGUACAGUCAGCCAUGGUAUAAAGUGUGCAUACCCAAACCUACCUGGAGUAUAUAUGAGGAUGACCCAUUACCGACCUUGGAUAGAAAAGGUCACUGGUGUGUCUUUCCAGUCGCCGUAACGGUCACGUUUUAGAGGUCACGUGAUUAGUGUUACGUGGUUCAUUGCCCGAAUGACCGGUUCAAAAACAUUAAUACCGGACAUAGUUAAAAGUUUCUAAGUCAGUGUACAUGAUAUUGUACAACGUGAAAUGUACCAAUUAACUCCUGUGCAAUAGACGAGAACGUGAAAAUUACUGUUAUUGUUACAAAACCAGCCAGUGAAUACAAAACCCAGUUUAAUAAAUUUCUUUACAAUCAUUUAGUAGUUUAAAUAAAUUAGUUCAAUGUUUUA